CCCGCGCCCACCGCUUGGCGCCCACUGCUAAUUAUGUCUUGGUGGGAAGUGGGGCCUUUCAGGCUAGGACUCUAAGCUAUUCAUUUUGGAGACCGGCCUCAAGGUGAGUGGUUCGGAACUCUGCCCGCAGCUGGCACCGAGCUGAGCCCGUUACUUUGGUCAUGAGAGCCAGGCAUCCAUCACCAUCAACAUCCGUAGCUCCCUGGCCUGACACACCCAGCAGUGAUUCUGGAGGCCUUGGAGCCUCAGUUGCCCCGAUGUGGCGUGAUCUCUGGACCCCAGGCAGGGUCUGAGGCGUCUUCCCCGCCCCCCCUCCAUCUUCCUCCCAUUGUCUUUCCUCCCUCACCAGACCCGGGCUCCUUUGUCCCCCGCGGAGAGACGAUGAGCAGCCACGGCAACAGCCUGUUCCUGCGGGAGAGUGGCCUGCGCCUGGGCCGGGCAGGCUGGCUAGGGAGAACGCGCGAAGGCCUGCACCGGCGAGCACUGCGCCUGCGCCUGCGUCUGCAGACCACCACCCGCGAGCACGUGCGGCGCUUCCUGCGCAGGAACGCCUUCAUCCUGCUCACAGUCAGCGCCGUCAUCAUCGGAGUCAGCCUGGCAUUCGCCCUGCGUCCAUACCAGCUCACUUAUCGCCAAAUCAAAUACUUCUCCUUUCCUGGAGAGCUUCUGAUGAGGAUGCUGCAGAUGCUGGUCCUGCCUCUCAUCGUCUCCAGUCUGGUCACAGGUAUGGCGUCUUUAGACAAUAAGGCCACAGGGCGGAUGGGGAUGCGGGCUGCUGUGUACUACAUGGUGACCACAGUCAUCGCGGUCUUCAUUGGCAUCCUCAUGGUCACCAUCAUCCAUCCUGGCAAGGGUUCCAAGGAGGGGCUGCACCGGGAGGGCCGCAUCGAGACCGUCCCCACAGCCGACGCUUUCAUGGAUUUGGUCAGAAAUAUGUUUCCACCCAACCUUGUGGAGGCCUGCUUCAAACAGUUCAAGACUCAGUAUAGCACCAGAGUAGUCACCAGGAUGGUUGUGAGAACUGAGAACGGGUCGGAGCCAGGGGCCUCAGCCACUCCCUUGUCUUUGGUGGACAACGAGAGCAGCAUCAUGGAGAAUGUGACUCGCGCCCUGGGCACCCUUCAGGAGAUGCUGAGCUUCGAGGAGACCGUGCCGGUGCCCGGCUCUGCCAAUGGCAUCAAUGCCCUGGGGCUGGUGGUCUUCUCAGUGGCCUUUGGGCUGGUCAUCGGGGGCAUGAAACACAAGGGCCGUGUCCUCAGGGACUUCUUCGACAGCCUCAAUGAGGCAAUUAUGAGACUGGUGGGCAUCAUUAUCUGGUAUGCACCUGUGGGCAUCCUGUUCCUGAUCGCUGGGAAGAUUCUGGAAAUGGAAGACAUGGCCGUCCUUGGAGGUCAGCUGGGCAUGUACACGCUGACUGUUAUUGUGGGCCUGUUCCUCCACGCCGGUGGCGUCUUGCCCCUCAUCUACUUCCUUGUCACCCACCGGAACCCCUUCCCCUUCAUCGGGGGCUUGCUGCAGGCACUCAUCACUGCCAUGGGCACCUCCUCCAGCUCUGCCACUCUGCCCAUCACCUUCCGUUGCUUGGAGGAAUGCCUGGGUGUGGACCGUCGCAUCACCAGGUUUGUGCUGCCUGUGGGAGCCACCGUCAACAUGGACGGCACUGCCCUCUAUGAGGCCCUGGCUGCCAUCUUCAUUGCCCAAGUCAACAACUAUGAGCUCAACUUGGGCCAGAUCACCACAAUCAGCAUCACGGCCACGGCGGCCAGUGUGGGUGCAGCCGGCAUCCCCCAGGCGGGCCUGGUCACCAUGGUGAUCGUGCUCACAUCGGUGGGCCUGCCCACGGAGGACAUCACACUCAUCAUUGCGGUGGACUGGUUUCUCGACCGUCUCCGCACCAUGACCAACGUGCUGGGGGAUUCCAUCGGGGCAGCUGUCAUUGAACAUCUGUCUCAGCAGGAGUUGGAUCUGCAGGAAGCUGAGCUCACUCUCCCCAGCCUGGGCAAGCCCUACAAGUCACUCAUGGCACAAGAGAAGGGGGCAUCCAGGGGCCGGGGAGGUCACGAGAGCGCCAUGUGAGGGGCUUUCAGUGAGGUCACCUGGGCAGGUGGGGAGGGGAUGGGGUGGGGAGCUCAGGGGACGAUUGAUGCUCAAAUGACUGUGCGUGGAACACACGUGCUCUGCUUGUCUUGUUUGGGGUGGGGAUGGGGGACUGAGAUAAAGGAGCAGGAAUGAAAGAUGUCCAACGCCUCUAUUCCUCUCUGAGAGUAUGUUGAGUACUUGAUACAGGGGCAGAGCAAGGAAGACGAGGAGACAUCUCUACUUGGGUUUAGGGGUGCAUAGGGGAAGCUUCAGAUUUAACAAAAAGAAAGGUUAGCUGGGUGCUGGUGGCUGGCUCACGUUUAUA